CUCUCUCUCUCUUUCCGUAUCCAAAAUUUAAAAAGAUAAUAAUAAAAUAAAAAAAGCAGGGAAGCUCUCUGUUUUCUCAUUAGCUUAUGAGCAACUUAUUUUGACUCUCAGGGUCUGUGCUUCACAUAAUUCUCUGGGAACCCUCAAGAGGACCAUCUCAGAUCAACUGUACCUUUCUCUGCUCCUCAACAGUGAUGGGUGUUCAUUUUACACCUAAACCCAUUGGUUUGACAGAAGUGCUCUCCUGAUCCUUAAAAUUGCAGUGACUUCUGAGGGAAGAUAAGGAACAAGGUGGGAGGGAGAUCCACCAUCAUGAGAAUCCCAUUUGGACCCUCUGAGCAGGUGGUCGCUACUACUCUAGUCCUGCUGGGAGUAGGUGUCAGUGCCAAUGACAUCUGUCUCUGGAGAGCCUCCGUCAUACUUUGAGCAGAUGGGGAGCCCUACCAGUUCUUAGAGUUUACUCCCAUAGAUGAUUUCUGUCCCAGGCCUGUGGAACUGGAGGAGGUAGAAAGCACAUGUGGCAGGUACCUGAACAGCAUCAUGAUCAUUACCUUGAAGGAAAUUCACCCCCUUCACUGGCUCGAGAACAUAGGAAAGGUCUCUGGAGAAGCGGCUGGUGCUGCUGUCUGCAUCCUUUCCCUCGCACCAUCUGUGCUUUGUCCGAACCCACGUGGAACCACUUUUUGAUUUAGACUGGGAGUUUGUUGUUUUCUAACUUGGAUGGCUUUUCUCUAACUUUCUAACUUUUUGGGAAAGCUCAUGUGAAUCCUCUUUUCUCAUUAAUAUUCCUGGGCCCUGGUUUCCUCCAUCCGUAAAAUGAGGCCGUUGUUGUAGAUCCUCUCGAGAUGUGUUUCCAGCUUUUAAAAUUCUACAGUUUAUCGUUCUGUCUCCUUUCGUUAUUCUUAUUUCAAGUUCUCAAAUCCUUACUCUUACAUUUUUGUGAGAAGAAUAGGCAGGCCGCCUCUGGUUCCGCAGGUACACGGCAAUGUUUAUUGGAAAAAUAUAAAUGUUGGAAACACAGCUCCCAAUUAUGAUGAUAUAAACAAUUGCCACUUUCAAGAGCCAAUAACUAAGGAAUUACAGGAAAGCAUUGAAUCUUCAGCCAACAUAGCUGCCGCAACCCGAGAUGGCCUGAGCACAAAGGAUAUUUAUACAUUGGGUUUCAGAAGACUAAUUCAAGUGUGCAAGAGCUUCGUAUUGUAAUGUUAUCACGAGAAUAUCCAGACAAUGUUUUCUUUAACUCCGGGAAGAGCCGUUUAGAAGGCUGAAUCCUGCCACAUGUGUCCAGCUGCGCGUUUAACGCUCUUGGAAAAACAUUGUUCUAUAAACACAGAAAUAACCAAGUACGGGUGCUUGAAGGAGGUUUAGUUCUUUGCUUAUUGUUGUCAGGACCUUGGACAUACAAGAGCACAAAAUUAAUAAACGCUAUCAAAUUUGCCGUGAUCAUAAACCAGGCAGCGAUAUUUUUUUUUUGCACCACAGGCUAUUAUUCCCGAAUUUCACUCUUAAGAUGGUUUGAAAGCCCUGGACAUCGAUCCCAGUGUAAUUAGAGUUUGCGAAACAUGGCUCAGAGUUACAGUUGUCAGUCUACCUGUUUAACAAUUUGUAAACUGUGGGGCGCCUGGGUGGCGCAGUCGGUUAAGCGUCCGACUUCAGCCAGGUCACGAUCUCGCGGUCCGUGAGUUCGAGCCCCGCGUCGGGCUCGGGGCUGAUGGCUCGGAGCCUGUUUCCGAUUCUGUGUCUCCCUUUCUCUCUGCCCCUCCCCCGUUCAUGCUCUGUCUCUCUCUGUCCCAAAAAUAAAUAAAAAACGUUGAAAAAAAAAAUUUAAAAAAACAAUUUGUAAACUGUGCACACUGAGCAAAUUACAUAUUGCCACUUGAGAAAAUACUGAAGAAGACCGAGUCUGUGUUGUUAACGCCCCAGAGGCACGUCUCGUCCCAAGUACACCCAUAGUGGCUUGUUUUGGGGAGCAGCUCUAACAUGUUUGUAGGGGAACAGCACAUGAGGUGAGCUGAGAAGCUCGUCCUGCCGUCCUCCUCCCCUCCUCGUCCCCUUCUGCCUGUGCACACUCUAUGCUCACCCUGGAAAAAAUGCAGAGUGACUGGCACAGAGAUGCAUUCUUGUUCCUCUCUGAAAGGCGCGAGGUGUUGCCUGGAAAGCCAUUGACCACAGUCACUGCAUUUCCCACUGUGUGAUAAUCUCUGUUCUUGGAAGCCAGCCUUCCCCUUUAUCCUGCUGUCUGGAUUACCUGGGCCUCGAAAGGGUUAUCUUUUCAUAGGGAAGAAGUGACUCGUCCCCAGGGACGUAUGGCAGUUUCUCUAGUGCAAGGGCAGGUUUUGCUUCCCAAUGUCUUUUCAAGGUCAAGGGUAAUGCUCUUUUGGCCUCUCAGGUUUACCAACUCCUGAGGCCCCUCCCUCUGGGCACUGGUUUCUUACUCUUCAAAUUUAUGCAUGAUAAAGGGGAGCUCAUGGAAAAUCUUUUUAUAGAAAUGAACAUAUUGUUUCUAUCUCGGCCUUUCUAUUUUGGGGGCAGGGAGAAAGGGAAGAUGUGAGGCUGCGUCACACGUUUGAAGCAUAGACCCAGCCCUGCCCGGAUGAGAGCUCUGUGUCCAAAAUUGACAAAGCUUUUUGUGACACAGUCAACGAGAGAGGGGAUGUUUAAGGCAGUGAAAUGCGUUCAAGCAACAAAACGGCCCCCAAACUAAUUUUUUUUUUUUAAGUAUUACUGAAAAUUCCAACCUUUGAAAGGGUCGUUGAAAAGCCGGGCGUCAUGAUGACGGAGCGCUUUGACUGCCACCACUGUGAAGAAUCUCUCUUUGGCAAGAAGUACAUCCUGAGGGAGGAGAACCCUUACUGCAUUGGGUGCUUUGAGGCUCUCUACGCCAGCACUUGCGAGGAGUGUGGGAAGCCCAUUGGCUGUGACUGCAAGGACUUGUCCUACAAGGACCGACACUGGCACGAGGCCUGUUUCCACUGCUCGCGGUGCAAGAGCUCGCUGGUGGACAAGCCCUUCGCUGCCAAGGAGGACCAGCUGCUCUGCAUGGACUGCUACUCCCACCAGUACUCGUCCAAGUGCCAGGAAUGCAAGGAGACCAUCAUGCCAGGUACCCGCAAGAUGGAGUACAAGGACAGCAGCUGGCACGAGACCUGCUUCAUCUGCCAUCGCUGCCAGCAACCAAUUGGCACCAAGAGCUUCAUCCCUAAGGACAACCAGAACUUCUGCGUGCCCUGCUACGAGAAACAGUAUGCCUUGCAGUGUGUUCAGUGUAAAAAGCCUAUCACCACGGGAGGCGUCACGUACCGGGAACAGCCCUGGCACCGGGAAUGCUUUGUGUGCACGGCCUGCAAGAAGCCGCUGUCGGGGCAGCGCUUCACGUCCCGGGACGAGUUCGCCUACUGCCUGAGCUGCUUCUGUGACUUGUACGCCAAGAAGUGCGCCGGCUGCACCAACCCCAUCAGCGGACUGGGUGGCACAAAGUACAUCUCCUUUGAGGAGCGACAGUGGCACAACGACUGUUUUAACUGCAAGAAGUGCUCCCUCUCCCUGGUGGGGCGAGGCUUCCUCACAGAAAGAGACGACAUCCUGUGCCCGGACUGUGGGAAAGACAUCUGAAGUCCACACCGCUGACUGCUGGCGACACUCACGGAUUUAUGUACGCUCUCCUUCUCAGCCAGGCAGUAUUGUGUCUGGUCUCCACCGGCCGCGUUGAGACUCUCCUCUUGUGCUUUUCUCAGUGAUAUCCACAUUUGUUUAAACCCUUUAAUCCUUUGUACUAGUUCAGUCCCAGGGAAGGAGGAAAUCCCUGUGUAAACCCUCGGUGGGUAGCUGGUUUUGGAGUUUUGUAAUCAAGCAAGGCAAAUCCAAGUGCAAAAAUCCUUUCGAAUGACAGCUUUGUAAAUGUAUCUUUCUUUCACUGCGUAUUUAAUUUUUAAGUGCAAUUAACAUGUCACGAACUUGAGUUUCCCAAACCACACGAGAUAAUGCAGAGUAGGUAUUUACAAGUAUGUAACUUCCUGUCAUGUAAGCCCUAAAGCAAGAUUAUACAGCUUACAAUAAAGUUAUCCAGAACAAAA